AUGCUUUCCAAAUCCUUGGUUAUGGAUUACUUGGCUCAUCCUGGCACACUCAGCUUGGCUGUAGGAGUUGCCUGUGGCAUGUGCCUGGGCUGGGGCCUCCGUGUACGCUUUGGAAUGAUCCCCAGAAGCUCAGUGAGUGACACAGACAGACACACCGAGACUGAAGCCAGCAUCUUAGGAGAGAGUGGCGAAUACAAAAUGAUUCUUGUGGUUCGAAAUGACUUAAAGAUGGGAAAAGGGAAAGUGGCUGCCCAGUGCUCUCAUGCUGCUGUUUCUGCGUACAAGCAAAUUCAAAGAAGAAACCCUGAAUUGCUGAAAGAGUGGGAAUACUGUGGUCAGCCCAAAGUGGUAGUCAAAGCCCCUGAUGAAGAAACCCUGGUUGAAUUGCUGACCCAUGCUAAAAUGCUGGGACUGACUGUAAGUUUAAUCCAAGAUGCUGGACGUACUCAGAUUGAACCAGGCUCUCGCACUGUCCUAGGAAUUGGGCCAGGACCAGCAGACCUAAUCGAUAAAGUCACUGGUCACCUCAAACUUUACUAA